AUGGAGGGAGGAGGGGAAAGGAAGGGGGAGGGCAGUGAUGAGGCGGACGCGGCGCACGACGCGCACGACGUCAACGACGACCUGUCGCUGUACGAUGACGAGGAUGACGACGACGAUGAUGACGAAGAGGCAAUCAGUGACGAGGCUGAGAAUGGAGACUGGCGCGACGUGGAAUCGGCCACAGAAUCACCGAGGUGCAGCGCGCGGCGGCCGGCGCAGGCGGAGACCGCCGCGAGCGAGCCGGCCGGCGCGGGGAGUGCGGGGGGCGCGCAGGCGGCGCCGGCGGAGCCCUGCAGGCGCCUGGCGGAGAGUACGCCUGAUCUAGUUUUGGAUCUACCCGCUCGCGCCGCGCUCACAGCCGACACCUUCCUGCAUAACCGCGAUACCUUGAAGAAACGUCCCACGCACAGAGUAACCGCGCUGUGGGGCGGGGGCGGAAGGGGCCACGGGCCACACACCUUCCCCGCCAGCGCAUGUGGUACGGGUCAGCUGGUACAAGCGGAGCAGCAGCGCUCACGCACACACUGUCCUCGUCAUAUGCAAACGUGUUCGGAGGGCGGCGCGGAGGCGCGCGAGGGCACUCCGCCGGAGGCAGGUGCGGCGCCCCCCUCCCCCGUGCCUGCACCCUCCCCAUCCCCCGCGCCCGCACACGUGCCCUCCCCGCCGCAUGGCAGCCCGGUGCCAGCGCGCAACACGCUGCGCGUGGCCGCCAAGUUCGCGGAGCUCACGCUGACGGGUGGCUCGCUCAAGCCGGCCCUGGCGGCCAAGCCCGCGCUGCUGCGCCGCCCCACGCCGCACCCGCACGCGCGCGCCGCGCCCGCCCAACCGCCCGCCCACGCGUCCGCCCCGCCCGCCGCUGACUCCGCACCCGCCGUCCCGGCUGACUGA